AUGCAUUUAGAAACCACAAUGAAUUUUUUGAGGAUAUGUCAAUGGAACUGUAGAUCGGCUAUAGCAAAUAAAGGUUAUAACGUUAUCCGUCAAGACCGGUCAGAUGGCAAAGGAGGAGUGGCUAUACUGAUGAGAAAUAGUUUAAAAUAUUCUCAAAUAUCAUUAGUUGCUUGUAAUAAAAUAAUGAAAGUAUGUUCUACAGUAAAGUUUCAAGGAAUCUCAGAUAUUACAUUCGUAUCAGUAUAUAUUAAACCACAAACCAAAAUCACUAAACAGGAAUGGAUACAAUUUUUUAGUUCCUUACACAGUCCAUGUAUUAUAGGAGGUGAUUUUAAUGCACAUCACACUUCAUGGGGUUGUGCUCAGGAUGACGUAUUUGGGAAAAUCCUGAUUGAAGCUCUAGAUGACAGUAAUCUCAGUUUUAUUAACAAUGGAGAUCCAACUUAUGUAAAAUAUCAAUCAAAAUCAGCAAUAGAUCUUACAUUAUGUUCACCUCAAAUUCAUCAUCAGCUAGAAUGGCGAACCUUGCCAGACCCAUAUGGUUCAGAUCAUUUGCCUAUACUUAUCAAUUGUAAUUUUACUCCAGAAAAAUUGUCAUUUGCAUCAAAUAGAAAAUGGAACAUAAACAAAGCUUGCUGGAAUCAGUUCUGUUUCGAGAGUAUAAAUAGAUCUUAUGUAGAACCUGUUAUAGAUUACAGCACUUUCAUCAAAAAUGUUAACCAGUCAGCUGAAGCUUCUAUUCCGAAAUAUGAAAACAAAAAUAAUGUCAAAGGAAAACCAUGGUGGACCAAUGAAUGUACUAUAGCAGUAGAAAAACGUAAGGAUAGUUUUAGACUAUAUCAGACAAACCCAAACCUCGAAAACUUACUUAAUUUUAAAAAACUUGACGCGAAGGCCAAACAAAUAUUCAAAAAGGUUAAAAGAGAAAGUUGGCGUCAAUAUUGUUCAUCUUUAAAUAGUAACACCCCACUUAAACAAAUUUGGAAGCAAGUUAACUUGUAUAAAAAUAGGCGACAGAGUAAUUAUCAUGUUAUAGAAGCUUCAGCAGAGUGGGUACAGGAAUUUCAUUGUAAGUUGGCCCCAAAUUAUGUAAGUAACAACAAAGAAGAAGAAGAAAGAAGAAUCUCAACGUGGACUAACCAUGAACUGAUGCAACCUUUUACCUUGAUAGAAUUACAGAGAGUCUUCAAACAGAACAACAAUACAUCUCCGGGAAAGGACCAAAUUCAUUAUUCGAUGUUAUACCAACUACCUACAACAACGAAACAAUCAGCCUCUGAGCAGACUAUUGGACCACGAUCAACAUCUAAAGGACUAGCACAAGGGAGUAUAUUGAGUCCCAUCUUGUAUAUAAUAUAUUCCUAUGACUUUGAAAGAGCUUUUAAUUCAAGAGAUGCUAAAAUAUAUCAGUUUGCAGAUGACUAUGCCAUUAGUAUCCAGAACAAAAAUUUAUCUCAAUCUAUGGAACUUCUAGAAACAGCGACUUCCAUAGCACACGAAUGGUUUGAAAAUAAUGGAUCUUCCAUUGCCUACUCAAAAUCUUGUUGCUUUCAGCACGGUCCACAGUCAGACUGCGAUCAUGAUUUACUCACUUGUAGCAACAGUACUAAUAAAUUUGGGCCUACCUCAUCCGAAUUAUCAGAAUCAGCAGACUCGUUAAUCGAAGAUGCAUCAUCCUUCUUUGAUUUCCUAGGACUGGCCGACCUUUUCUUUUUCGGCGUUUCCUCAAUCUCGGAAUCUGCCCCAUUCUCCUCUACACCGUUCGAUCCAUUUUCGUCUUGUGCCUUAGACUUGCGACCACUCUUCCUCUUCAUUUUUCGGGAAAAUACAAAACUGCUGAAUGCAAAUCGUCAAAAUAGAAAAUGCCUCUCUGAAGUUCUUGACGCCUGUCACGCACACAAGACAAGACUAGAGAUGAUCGAUAUAUCGGUACCGGCGACCUUUCCCGGUGACUUGAAUGGUCGCCGUUAG